AGCAUGUAUGAAUUGCGCUGGGCAUUGUUUAUGGCCUAAAGCGAAACCGGUCGAUAGUACAUUAAAAGCUCUUGGGCACGAGAGAUAAAAACCGAAAAUCAAAACAGUGCUCAGAGUGAGGCCCAACGAUCCAGGUCGACCACGAUGAUUUGGCUUUUAUUCGUUUCGUUUGCCAUCAGCGUGCUCGUUCACUGGCUCUAUAAGGUAAACAAAGAUUACUGCAUCCUGGCUUUCUUCGCCCGGAGAGUUCGAACUAAGGAUGGAAGUCCCGUGGAGAGUGUAGUACCCAUACCCAAGGGCGCCACUUUAUUCGCUAACUGCUUUGAUAUGUAUGGAAAAAACCCAGUUGAAGUUUUUAGCUACUCUCGGAAGUUAGCUAAGAGUUUCAGUAAUAGCUAUGUUGCUUAUAGCUUUGGAUUACCCAAUUUUCACGUUACCGAUGCCCAUAAUGCAGGGAAUGUACUUAGCGAUCCGAAACUGAUUACCAAGAGUUUUACUUACAAGUUUCUACAACCAUUAAUAAGGACUGGAGUGUUGACAUCGACAGAAAACAAAUGGCACACUCGGCGGAAUAUGCUUGCUAGGACUUUCCACAUCGAUAUAUUAAACCAGUUCCAACAGAUAUUUAUUGCGGAGAGUUUAAAGUUCAUUCACCAAUUCAAAGACCAAAAUGAGUGCAUUGUGUCUCUGAGAGACGACAUAGCCAGAUUCACCUUGAACAGUAUAUGUGAAACUGCCAUGGGGGUUAAGCUAGACGAAAUGGCUGAGAAGGGCGAUUGCUACAGGGAAAACUUCCAAAAAAUGAAUGAAGGAUUUAUUAGGCGAUUAAGCAAUCCCUUUUAUUGGUACGAUUGCGUAUACAACCUAUUUAUAGCCCACGAAAAUGCCCCAAUUCAGAAAGCGAUUCACGAUUUUUCCACCGAAAUAAUCGCCAAACGAAGAGUUCUUUUAGAAGAAGAGCUGGACUAUAGGCGUGCUACACAAACGGCAGAUGAUGAUAUAUGCGUUGCCAGGAACAAACCUUUUGCCAUGCUGGACACUUUGAUAUGCGCGGAGAAAGAUGGACUCAUCGACAAUAUUGGCAUUUGUGAGGAGGUGGACACUCUGAUGGCUGAAGGUUAUCAUACAACUUAUGUUGGUCUCGUCUUUGGCCUUUUGAAUAUGUCACUUUAUGCUGAAGAACAGGAACACUGCUAUCAAGAGAUUGAGGCCCACAUAAGUGACGACCUCAGCAACCUGAAUAUCUGUCAAUUAAAUAAACUGCGGCACUUGGACUACUUUUUAAAGGAGACCAUGCGCCUUUAUCCCUCCCUUCCCAUGAUUGGUCGUCAGACAAUACAGGAAACUGAGCUAGCCAAUGGUUUGAUAUUGCCUAAGGGUACUCAGGUUAAUAUACAUGUCAUAGACAUUCACCGAAAUGAAAAGUACUGGGACUCUCCUAAAGAAUUUCGUCCAGAAAGAUUUCUGCCUGAGAACUGCCAGAAACGGCAUCCAUACGCCUUCAUUCCAUUCAGUGCUGGGCAAAGAAACUGCAUAGGUCAGAAGUAUGCCAUGCAGCAGAUGAAAACCCUAAUAGCUGUCGUUCUCAAGCAUUUCAAGAUCUUGCCACUUACUGAGGCCAAGUCCAUUGUCUUCCAAUCGGCAGCAACUUUAAGCUUCAAAAACCAAAUACAAGUCAAGCUAGUAAGACGGAAGUGUGAAUAAUGGUUAUAAAUAUAAGGAAACUACUAUAAAUAGAAGCACUGUGUUAAUUCGGUUUAAGUAGUUUACUCAUGCUUAAUUGCAACUCAUUAAAAUAAGAAGAUAAAAAUA